CGUCGCCCCUUCGCCCCCUUUAUCGUCGCCUCUACACGGAACAUUUCCAUGUUUUCCAUAAAGGUAAUGUCUCUUUCCUAACUUUGUGUUUAGCUACCGACUGUCCAAAUGGGUCUUUCGUUGUUCAGCAGCACAGAAGUAAUGAGGCAGCUAAGGAGAAACGUGGCUGGUAUCCUCCUCAUUGUGACGUUGUCUGUAACCGUCAUCGUCCUAGAAUGUCGAACAGAACGGAGAUCGCUUGAUAAAUAUUCGAGAAGAUAUAAUCCGGAUCCCCGACCUGAGCAACCGAUGGAUGACCACAAACCUAUGAUCCGCGAACUGAUAAUCCAGGAUCCAAUUGCCCCCAAACCGAUUGUCCAGAAAAGGUUUUUGGAACCCACUUCAUUCCCAUCAACCCCUGACAUUCCUGAACCGAGUACGGAUUGUGAAGCUCACACCCACGUCGUGUAUAUCAAAACGCAUAAGACAGGCUCUACCACACUGGAAACGCUAUUCAACCGAUUUGGCUAUUUCCACAAUUUGUCAUUCAUCUUCAAUGGAAAACAGAAAUAUGGACACUUCGAGGCAAUGGAUUUGCGGAAAGCUAACAUGCUGGAGCAACUACUCCCACCACUAGGAGUUGAGACAGGAGAUUAUGCCAGAUACAAGAACUACGAAACAAGUGCGAUUCACGUGCGAUUUUAUCGCGACGUCUUCGACAGAUUCAUGGCCAAAGAUACGCGCUAUGUUUCUAGCGUGCGUGAUCCUGCCGACCAAUGGGAGUCUGCAUUUAAUCAAUUUGGAUUCAGAAAAGCCAUAUCCCAGUUAGCCGAUGCUAAUGGACAGAUGAUCAAUAUAACGAAGACGCACAAAGUACCUUUUAAUGAAAAUAAUUCUACACUUGAUGCAAUCCACGAAUUCCUUAGAAAGCCCAAAUUGUACUUGGAGGUGCUAAAUAAAAAGGGAAAGGUCAUUUAUCAUUUUGCGCACAACGAUCAGACCUACGAUUUGAGCACGGAUCUAGAAUCAACGCAGCUUCAUGAUGAGAAGCUUGUCAAUCGGACAAUUGACCGACUAGUUGACGAGCUGGAUGUUGUCAUUGUAAACGAAUACUUCGAUGAAUCUCUACUAGUCAUGAAGAAGGAAUUCUGUUGGGAAUUUACAGACAUUUUAUACAUUUCACAGAAUAAGCGAGCAGUAAAAGAAAUGUUGCCGGAGAAAACGCGUGCAAAAAUUCGAAACUUUAACAGAGCAGAUACUCUACUUCAUCAGCGCUUCAAUAAAUCCCUGUGGAAGAAGAUCGAAGACUACGGACCAGAUUUUCAGAAAGACCUAAAUCAUUAUAGACAAAUGUUGAUUGAUGUCAAUGUAGAAUGUUCUGCCGAAGGCAAGUCCAAGAAACAUGGCUUUAAUUACCAAAUAUACAAUGUAAAGGCAAAGAAGAAUGCAACCCUAUUUUGUAGAUUUAUGGCGGAUAACUUUUUAACGACAUUUAGGAGAGUAUUUGAAAGACAGCGUAAUCAGACGAUCAUCAAUACGCGAAAGAUCAAACAAUAGGCGGGAAA